ACGUACGUCACGUUGUCAGACGUCGGAGUUGAAAGUUCCGAGUUGGCAUGACAUUUUUAUCUUAAAAUUUACCGUUUUAUACAAAUAAAAAUUGGAGUUCAUUAUUACCUAGUUUAUAAUAUGAAAAAAUUGAAAAACUUUCAUAAAAAUGACCCCUAAAAUAUCUAAACAUUCACCUCCAAACUCUAGCUAUAAACUAUGGUGGAUAACAUUUGGGAUUAUAUGUGGAACAACAUUUGUUACCAGAUUUUAUAAAGUUUUGGAACCUGAUCAUGUCUGCUGGGAUGAGACACAUUUUGGUAAAAUGGCAAGUUGGUACAUCAACAGGACAUUCUUCUUUGAUGUACAUCCACCUCUUGGAAAGAUGCUUAUAGCCCUGUCAGGAAAGUUGAGUGGUUAUGAUGGAACAUUUCCUUUUGAGAAACCAGGGGACAAGUAUGACGGGGCCAGGUAUGAAGGCAUGAGGGUGUUUUGCACAACCCUAGGAGCACUGAUCAUACCCCUAACAUUCUUAACCAUUUGGGAAAUGACCAAAUCUCUGGACUCAACUCUAAUAGGAACAACCCUUUUACUUUGUGAUGUGGGAUUUUUGACCUUGAACAGAUACAUUUUGUUGGAUCCGAUUCUUCUAUUUUUUAUGAGUUGUUCUAUAUAUGGAGCUUUUAAGGUCAGGACGUUGACGGAGCAGGGCCUGCGGCCGUUCAGCCGCCGCAUGCUGAGCUGGCAGCUGCUGCUGGGAGCCUCGCUGGCGUGCACCAUAUCCGUCAAGUUCGUAGGUCUGUUUGUCGUGUCGUUCGUUGGUCUGCGCACGAUCGCCGAUCUGUGGAAUGUGCUUGGCGAUUUGGAAAAGCCCGUGAGUCUGACUGUAAAGCACUUAAUAGGCAGAAGUGUAACACUGAUUCUCUGGCCAGCGAUUCUUUAUGUGUUCUUCUUCUGGAUUCACCUCACAGUGCUGAGUAAAAGUGGUAACGGCGACGGUUUCUAUUCAUCUGGUUUCCAAGCUCGUCUGGAAGGCAACAGUCUCCACAACGCCAGCGCGCCGCGUGUGGUGGCGUACGGAGCCAUCAUCACUCUGAAGAACCACCGCACUGGCGGGGGGUACCUCCACUCCCACCACCACCUGUAUCCGGCGGGCGUGGGAGCGAGACAACAACAGAUAACGACAUACACGCACAAAGACGAGAACAACAGGUUCAUCAUCAAGCCGUACGACAAGGAGGCGACAGAAGCGACCGUCAUCGUCCGCAGCGGCGAACUGGUGAGACUGACGCACGCGGCCACCGGCCGCAACUUGCAUUCCCACCGCGAGAGGGCGCCCGUCACCACCAAAUACCUGCAAGUCACGGGAUAUGGCGAGGAUGGUAUUGGAGAUGCUAACGAUGUGUGGAAGAUCGUUGUGUCAAGUGGGAAAGACGGAGAAGAAAUACAGACAGUUAAAAGCAAACUUAUGUUUGUACACUACUUACAGGCUUGCGUAUUGACAACCACGGGCAAGCAGCUGCCGAAGUGGGGGUACGAACAGCAAGAGGUGGCCUGCAAUCCCAACUUGAGGGACAAGAACGCCCUCUGGAACGUUGAAGACAAUGUGUUUGAUGACCUACCCAAAAUGAGUUUCGAAGCGUACGCGAUGGGGUUCGUGGAGCGGCUCGUGGAGUCCCACGCGGUGAUGUUCCAGGGCAACGCGGGGCUCAAGCCCAAGGAGGGCGAGCUCACCUCCCAGCCCUGGCAGUGGCCCAUCAAUUACAGGGGUCAAUUCUUCUCCGGCAGUGGCCACAGAAUCUACUUGUUGGGGAACCCGAUAGUGUGGUGGACGAAUCUGGUCUUCCUGCUCAUAUUCUUCAUGAUCUACGUGUACAAUUCUAUAAGGGAGAAGAGGGCUGAAGCGCGAGGAACCACAUUACCAAACGGCCAAGAGCGAGUGUUGCUAAAUGCUGCUGGUUGGAGCUUCAUUGGCUGGGCGCUGCACUACGUGCCGUUCUGGACGAUGGGCCGCGUGCUGUACUUCCACCACUACUUCCCGGCGCUCGUCUGCAGCUCCAUGCUUACUGGUAUCCUGACAGAAUAUCUCCUGGUCAGCAUCAAGAGCUACCUGUCCCCGGAACUAGGUCGCACGUUCUACCACUGCACCAUGGGGGUCAUAAUAUCGACCACAAUUUACAGUUUCUAUCUAUUCUCGCCGUUGGCGUACGGCAUGAGUGGACCGCUGGCGCACGAACCUAACUCGACUAUGGCCGGCCUAAAAUGGUUGGAGUCCUGGGAGUUUUGAAUUGAGAACGAAUUGUGACCAUAACCAUAGUAAAAAAUCCAUAAUAAAAAUCAUUAUAGUCUAUGUAAGACUAUGAAACAUUGCAGGUUAGGCCACUUUGACGCUGAUGGUAACUCGACGAUUGUCAUUUGUUCAAUCAUUACAAAAGAACAUUGAAAUACUCAUAAUCCGUCCAAUUUGUAUUUAAAUCUAGAUUAAGAAAUGACUUUUAUACAUAGCUUUUUUAUUUUUAUAAAAAUAUGUAAAAGAGAUUAAGAUUAAAUUAUGAAAUAAAUAUUUUGUAUAUUCUAAA